UUUGGUGUCUGCCUGGUUGUUGGUCGAAGGUCAAAGUCUAUUUUGUGCUUCCCCUAAAGAGAGAUCAUAAGACUAAUCAUCAUGAAAGUAUUUCUAGGUCUCUUGCUUCUCUUGGCCUUGAUAACACCUUCAAGUGCAAUUUACUGUCUCUGCAACGAUGGGAUAGGAGAGAAAGAGCUUCAAACAGCAAUAGACUAUGCAUGUGGAACCUUAGCAGAUUGUAAUCCAAUCCAAGAGAAGGGUCCUUGUUAUCAACCAAUCACAGUCAAAAGCCACUGUGAUUGGGCUGUUAACAGCUACUUCCAGAACGCAGCUCAAGUCUCAGGAAGCUGCAACUUCUCUGGAACUGCUACUACCAAUCUAAACCCACCUUCCAAUUUGGCUACUGGUUGCAUAUUUCCUUCAAGCCCAAGCUCUGCAGGGCCGCCUCCUUCAACUACACCACCAGCUGGACCAACACCACCACCAACUGGACCAACACCACCAGCAGGACCAGCAACACCAGUGGGACCAGCAACACCAACUCCGACAAACGGAACUACUACAUUUCCAGGAGCUCCUCCUGCGCCUAGUCCACCCGGAACCGGAGGCUUUACUCCAAGCAAUGGUGCUUCUAGUUUGGUCAUUUCCUCUGUUUUAACACUCUGCUUCUCAUCACUAGCGUUUCUGUGAGGUUUUGAUGUAAGGUUGGGAUUUUGCCAUGUGUAGAGAGACAGAAAAAAUAAGCUUAGGUUCUUGUCUUCUUUGAUUCUCUUUUGAGUGGAGAAAAAAUAAGCUUAGGUGCUUUGUUGUGUGUUUUUUCUAUGUUCUUUCAUCUACUAAGGUUGCUCUAAUUUUAAAAAAAAAACAAGAAAACAGAACAU